AUGUCCAAAGUGACUCAGAUGAACCAUGCUGGACCCUCCAUCCUCAUUGAGGGCCUUGGGCACAGUGGGAAGUCCACUCUCAUUUCUCAGAUCCAGGAGGCCUUGAGUAGCUUGAAUUGGAACGUCCGCUUGUGUCAGAACUGCACGGUGGAUGGCAACCCCAUCCAUGCAGACCGCCAAGGGAAGGCGGGAGCACUGACUAUCUUGGCAGCUCACCUUUGGGAUGUUUGUCACUUCCAGCCUCCUCCUGCAGACACAGUGCACCUUCAAGAGGGCAGCUGGUUGAGGGCACUUGCCAACGCUACCCUUGGUCUCGAAGACGAUUUCAAUCACGUGGCGCGCAUGGCGGAGGAGGCCACUUCCGUCCAGUUCGAUGUGGCAAUCUUCCUAAGCGCCAGCGCAGACGAGCGGCGUAGGCGCCAGGGCUUUCGCAGUCGUGAGGAAGCGGAGCUUGCAGGGUGUGAAGAUGAGGGGCGCGGCCGCCUCGUGCUGCAGGAGACCAAGCGACGCUUCUCCCACGUUGUGGAGAUCGACACAACAGGCAAGGACCCAAAGCAGGUCUUCUCUGAGGCUUUCGACGAGAUUUCCCACAAGCUGUUCGGCUUCUCCUUUCAUGCGAAGCUGUGCUUUGCGUCCAACAUGCUGCCGGUGGCUUCGGCUGCCAAAGGCAACGAAGUGCGAGUGAUGGUCGUGGGUGUAGGCCUUCAUGCCCGGAAAGUCUACCUUCCGUCGCUUGGUGACAAGCUUGUGGUCGGUGUAGACCUCCACAGCCAACGCGAGUCCAUUUCGGAAGCCCUUGCAGCAAAGUCCAGCUCAUUAUUCAUGCAUUACAUUCACGAGUUCAGCUGUGAUGACCGAGAGCUCCCGGCCAAGCUGGACUGUGAGUUGGCUGCGCUCGUUGAGGAGCAGCACAUCAGCGCCGUGGUGAUCAGCACGGAUCCUCUCGUCCAUCGCCCCUACUGCCUGUGGGCCCUGAAGCACGGACUGCACAUCCUACUGGACAAGCCUAUCAGCACCCGUCGGAAUGCUGCGUGUGAUCAGAAGGCAGCCCGUGGCAUUUGGGAUGACUUCGAAACAAUUUGCACAGCAUACUACAGGGCGCAGCUACAGCUGGGGAGACGAUUGGUAUUAUCAGUCAACGUGCAACGCCGAUACCAUUUGGGCUUUUCCUACGUGCUGGACCGUAUUGCUGAGGUGGCCGCAGAACACCAGCAGCCAGUGACUUUCAUUCAAUCGUUUCAUUCUGACGGACAGCUUCGGCUUCCGACAGAGAUGAAGACAAUUUCAUAUCAUGGCUUCAACCAAGGUCAUGGCAAGAUCUCUCACAGUGGAUACCAUUUCCUGGACAUCUUUAUGGAGAUCUACAGCAAGGCUGCGCAGCAGAUCCGGGACCCCAACAAGGUGGCCACAAGGGCUGCGGUGUCCUGUACAGGUGUGGGACCUGAUGGGUUUGCACGGCUUCAGAGCGCGGAGGACUGGAAGCGCAAGUUUAGUGAGUAUGACGUGGACGGGCAUCAGGAUCUCCUGAAUGAGUUCAGGGACGGAGACUUUGGUGAGAUUGAUGCCCACCUCCAAAUUGCUCUUCAGGCCCAGGAUGGGGCCGUGCUGGGACUGGGCAGCAUUGGCCUGGUCCACAACGGAUUCUCCCGCCGGUGUUGGCUUGAACCCAAUCUGAAAGAUCUCUACAAGAAGAAUGGCCGAGUCAAGCACGAGUGCCACAUCAUCGAGCAGGGUGACUUCCAGUGCAUUCGCAUUGAUUCUUACCAGGCUUAUGACAAGCACGAUGGUCCACAGACUGCUGGAGCCUAUGAGGAUGGAGGAGACAGCCACUUCGAUGUAAGUGUCUACCGCAACGUUGGGAGGUUUAAGGACCAAAGCCAGUCUUCUCACUGGAAGCUGUCUUAUCCUGAGAUUGAUGCCCAACUGCGGAAGGAACCCAGCUGUGAAGUGUUCCGGCUGCCGUCCGAGGUGUCCAAAGACAUGGUGGUCAAUGAGUUUCUAGGACUCGUAGGAGGCCAUGUUGCCCCGGAACAGGCGGUCUCUUCCAUCGAGACGCAUGCAAACGGAGUUCGGUUGAUGAGCUCUGCUUAUGAGUCUCUGGUUCAUCACAAGUCUCGCAGGUGCGUGAACCCCGUUGUUUCCUUCGAGAUGCACUUAGCACAGCGAGGGAGACUUGGGCAAGCGCAAUGGCAGGAUCCAGAAAGCGAGCCCUCAACGCCGUCCUCGCAGCUAGACAGCAGCGACGACUCCACGGCCUCCGACAGGAUGGACGCGGAAUGGCUGCCAUAG